AGAUGUUGUGCGACAUCAUCCAGCAAGAGGCCCAACCAGAUUUAGCAUCACAAUUGUCAUCAAGUUUUGAAAGAUGAGCAAUCAAAGUACUACUCAGAGAAUUCUCCGAAUGGCGAUGACUAAACAGCUUCUUUUUUUAAGCGUGUUUAUAUAAAGUUUUGUGUCAUUAAUAUUUUUUUUGUCAAUUUUGGAUACUUCCACGUCCAUGUGCACUUCUAAGAAAAAGUAUUAGUAAUCUUAAAACUUAUUUUACUCUUACACCUCAGCAUCUAUUUGCGUGUACCUGUUUCGUAUUAUAGCAUUUUCUUUUUUUUUUUUCGUCAAUAUUUUGAUUAAGAAAUGAAUGAUUGAUUCUCUAUUCACUGGGCAAUUUAAUGUUAUAGAAAAGAGUACGACAGAUGGCAAUAUUUACUUUCAUGUUCGGAGCAUAAACGUAGAUUUUGAACCAAUGAAAUUGAACAAUGCAAGAAAAUGACAAUGUGACAUUUUCAAAAAAAUUCUUACAUUCCCCUAAAAUGUUUGCAUACCUUUUUAGCCCCUUCCCCUAAGCUUA